AUGUCAUCCGCUCUUCCUUAUCUAAAGUCGCUGAAGAAGGGCGAUCUGGUGGAGUUCGCCGAGACAACCGACCUGAAUGGCGCAAAUGGUCUCAACAAGCUGGACCUUGCCACUGCGCUUGACAACCACCUGCAAGAGAAUGCCUCCAUCUUCGGCGGCGUCAAGUCGCUAUCUGAAUACUACUCGCGCUUGGCCUCGCCGCCUCGCCGGGGAUCGCCUGUGAAGCGCGAAUCUAAAGUCCAGACUCCUGGUCCUACGAAGACUCCUUCGCGCCGCGCAUCUUCCAAAAAAGAAGUCAAGGAAGUCAAGGAAGCCAAAGAACAAAAGGAAGAUACUAGUGAGGACGGUGAAGAUGUGGUCGCAACCCCAAGUCUGCGCCAGCGCUCACGCCGGGUGUCGCGCGCGGCGCCCAUCACGGAGCCCAUUGCGGCGUCCCUUACGGAUUUGCAGAACGCCCUACCUUUGCCUCCUUCCCCUGCCGUCGUGACAGAUGUCAUUGACCGCCAGACCAACCGGGUUCGGGAGGGAAUUGAAGAUGCAUGGACCUCAAUGGGCGUAUUAGAUCGGUGCCACGCUGUUCGCGAGUCUUUGAGCAGCCUCAAGGCUAUUGAGAUCAUAGUCCUGCUUCUCGAAGGAGGAAGUGUUGUAAAGGAACUUGUUCCCAUCCGCUAUCUUACCACGACUCCUCCUGUGCAGGCCGCGCAGAUCCCCGCCAUGUCAAUCAGAGCUCCUGACCUCUUUGUGUUGCUCACUGGGGCUUUCUGGGCGCCUUUCUCUCUGUGGCUCGUCUCCUGCCUUGUCUUGCCUCUGAUGGCCGCAUACUUCAUCAACUUGAGCUGGCAGGCGUCUACCUCUGCGCGCAAAACCCGCUCUAGUCCCAAUCUUGCUCAAUUCGACCCAUUGACAUUCAAUAUUGCCAAGGCGCUGCUGGUACACAUCGUUUUCGGGAACGACUUCAAGUUCUGGGGAGUUUUCAGCACUUUCGCUCUUCGAAAGAUUUCAGCUUCUGUUCCUGGCGGAACCUUCGGUCUGUACACUGGCACUGCCGUUGGCGUCAUUGGAUCUCUGUACGAGGCUAUUCUGCGUCGUUCAUAA